AUGGCCGCAUUUACCAGGAGCUGCAGCACUCGUGGCCUUCCGAAAAACACAAAGGAGCACUCCGUCAACAGCAAGGCCUCUCCAGGCUGUCCGUACACCUCAGCGCUGCGGCCCCCCGCUCUCCAGCAACCUCUGCAGCAGCUGCAGCAGCAGCAGCUGACUGCUGAGCAGCAGCAGCUGGCUGACCAGCAGCAGCUGGCUAAUGAGCAGUGGCAGCAGCUGGCUAAUGAGCAACAGCUAGUCCUCUUCCGGAAAAUAAGUGGUGUGCAAAUAUGA